AUGGGUAGCGGUGGCGAUUUUGAAGAUAUUGUUUUGAAUGAUUUGAAGCCUUAUUAUCACGUUCCUGGAGCCAUUCAUAGUGAAGGGAUAACUUUUGUGAAAGAAACGAGCACAUUGCUAUGGGUGGACAUUUUCAAAGGACAGGUACAUAAGGUUGAAGAUAUAGAACACCCCGAGUCUAGUCACUCUUUUUUUGCCGUAACGAGAACCAACUACGGCAAGAACUCUUCAAUUGAGUAUCCUCCCAACCCGGAUGAUUUGAAGGAGUCUGUAGGUUGCAUCUUUCCGAUAUGGAGUGAGUCGUUUGAGGAUGAAAUCAAGCAAGUUCUAUUUGGUAGUAAAUUCGGUGUUGGUAGACUAGAUUUUGCCACUGGCGAGUGGGAAUAUCUCAUUUUGUAUUCCGAGUGUCCCGAUUUAAGCACUGACAGGGCAUAUAAAUUGAGAAGCAACGAUGGGAACGUUUCGCCAGAUGGGAAGUACAUUUACGUGGGGCUAAUGAGUGACUUUCCAUUCGAAUUGGAGCCUAUUGGAUGUUUGCUUCGCAUUGAUCUAUUGGCCCAGGAGAUAGAGCUCGUUUGGAACUGCUUGUUAAUUCCUAACGCCAUUCACUGGGAUGAAAGCGAUGAAAAGACUAUGUACGUGACGGACUCUCUAAACUUUACGAUUUGGAAAUGUCCUGGUGGUGACUUACUUAAACGUGAGGAACUGAUUGACGUGAAGAACUCAAACAACCAAUCAUUUGAAUCACCUGAGCCAGAUGGAAGCGCUAUUUGGUUCAGCAAAGACGGAAAUCAUUCCGGGUACCUCUUUGUCACUGUCUGGUCUACCUGUAAAGUUCAAAUGUUCGACUUAGUGCACGGAAAACUGCUUAAGGAGUUCAUUUUGCCAAAACAGACCCCAAGAGUUUCGUGCUGUUGUUUUGUCGGUAAAGACCUCUUCGUGACUACUGCCAAUGCCAAAGUUAGUGAUCCUGCCAGAAUCAAUUCCGAUAAGAACGGCGGUUGUAUCUAUAGAAUUCCAAACGCCCUAGACAGGGAUGUUCCCUUGGAAUCUACAAAGCGACAACCGCUCUACUAA